CUCUCUCCCCCUCCCAUUCUUAACAAGGAAAAAAGAAUAAAGAAGUCUUUUUUCCUUCUCUCUCUCUCUAGCUUCUCUCUGUUAUCAUGGAUCCCAAGGGCUACUCAACGGUUCCCCCAGAGGCCCCCAAGUUCCACCGGGAGCUAGGCCGCCACCCAGAGGAUAAAAGAGAACCCCCCACCAGAAUAGGCUCCACCACCACGCAGCAACACCAAGAAAGCAGUAGCAGAGGAGGAGGAGGAGACCUCCAGAUAAUGAUGAUGGCCUCCACGGUGCCACCAACAAGUGUAACAGAGAAGGAGGACCAGCAAAGGCGGCAGCUUGCACCCCGCCGGAGCUCCAACAAGGACCGGCACACCAAGGUGGACGGCCGCGGCCGCCGCAUCCGGAUGCCGGCCCUCUGCGCCGCCCGCAUCUUCCAGCUCACCCGCGAGCUCGGUCACAAGUCCGACGGGGAGACCAUCCAGUGGCUCCUCCACCAGGCCGAGCCGGCCAUCAUCGCCGCCACCGGCUCCGGUACCAUCCCCGCCUCCGCCCUCGCCUCCUCCUCCUCCUCAUCCGCCGUCUCCACCCCCCACCAGACCAAUUGGACCGGUUUGGGUACUAGUACUAGUGCCACCGGCCUCGGCCGGCCGCACCACCAGGGGCUGUGGCGGACGGCGGCGGCUUCCGGGGGGUUCAAUUCAGGAUUUUUGCAGCCCGCGACGUCCCCGGCGCCUUCGAACAUUGGUUUCCAAGGGCUGGAGUUGCCGGGCGGUUUCAGCGGCGGGAUGGGGGCGAUGAGCUUCCUGUCGAUGCUGGGCGGGCCCGGGCAGCAGAUGCCAGGGCUGGAGCUUGGGCUCUCGCAAGAUGCAAGCAUGGGUGGGGUGUUAAAUCCCCAAGUUUUCAGCCAAUUCUAUCAGCAGAUGAGACAGGGGAGGGGUGGCGAGGGUGGUCAGUUGCAUCAUCACCAUCAGCAGCCUUUGGCGUCGUUGAAGGAUAAUUCGCAUGAGUCAACGAAGUAAACAGACGAGGCCGAGGAGUUCUGAAGGAGAAUUCGAGGAGAAACCAGCAGAAAAUUGCUCGGAGAGGCUGAUAGAAUUAGUUUGGUUGGUUGAUUGGUCUUCUUCCAUGUGUAGCUUUGAUAAUUAUCACUGGAGAAAAGAGGUGAUUGGAUUUAGAUAUCUAAGGAAUUGGGUACUGGAUUAUUGGGUCGGCUCUUCCUCUCUCUACAGAGUUGCAAAGGAGUCGCCGAUUACUUUAUGGGUGCAUAUUGGGGGCAGCUGAAUUGCUUGGGAUGGAACUGGAGAUCUUGUCUAAUUGGAGUUAUGUAGAUAAGAGAUGAAGCCAUCUUGUUAGGAGGUCUGGAUGGCAUGGUGGCUGUGUCACUUCCCUGGAAACACUACUAAAUACCAUCAAUGCCAGUGUUACCUCAUCAGCUUUGUCUGGUUAUACCAUCCAUGUCAGACAUCAAAAUGCUGUUUCACACAACUAUAUUGCAGGACCUGAAAAGCAUGGUUGAUGAUAAAAGUGAAAGCAGACUAUAUGCUGGCAUUCUUGACCAAAGAAUCAAGAGUGUCAACACAGUCUACCUGAAUUUUUUUUUUCCAUCCCUUCUCCUUGAUGUUCAGCUUGUUUUAUUUAACUUUGCAGAUAAUCACUGAAAAUUUUUGACCAUGUACUCUCAGGGAUAAUGAGAUCGAUAUGUUUUAUCCCUCAGAAAACAUUGUAUAUAAGGAUGGUUGGCAUAUUCAUGGUCCAAAAUAUUUAGAACCAUGCAGUUCUCUUAGGCAGCAGUAUCAAGGAUGUGACUACCCAUGCUACUGUUCUAAUAUGCCAUGACGUAGUGACCUUAUUUUUGUCUUUUAGAGCUUGCAGGUGGCUCAACUUGCAAAGGCAAAGAUAAUGAAAGAUUUGCUUGUUCUGCCCUUUGGUGGUUGUUUGGCCAGUGAUAAGCAUCAGGCAGCCAGAGCAGAUCCCCUCAGCUGCUGCAAUGCACCAAAAACAAACAUCAUGUGCAUCACAUCUGGAGUGUCAAUAAUGCAACAAAAUAAUUAGAUGAUACAUCGCUGGAAGAAAAAGUAUGGUGCAUGGAAAAACAAAUACUGAAAACAGGCAUCACUUCUUGCUGCGACAAGGACUGGACUCUUAAACAACGACAAGAGAUAACUUGAAUGAGCCUUGAAGAUAAUCUAUCAACUCCACCUCUUUUCAGGAACUUGAUUUCCUUGUCUCCUUCUCUGUUAUCACCCUCCCCAAUUAAGCAUGAACAUGUGCGGAGCUCCUAGACUCUCUCCCUGUAGCUUGUCUUCUUUUCUUCAGUCAGUUUCUGCCAUUAGAUCAUCGAAUUUUUCCUACCUUCUCUCAUCUUCCAACUUUGCACUGUCUUAUUAUGUACUGCUUGAAUGCUCUUGCCUGCAAUUGCUGUUGUUGUGCCUAGCCUCAGAUGCUGUAUUUUUGU